UAAUGGAGCACAUCUCAUAUGUCCCUCCACUGGCUCUCCACGGCCUCUCCGUGGAUAACAGUGGAGCGCACUACAAGGACGCGCUUCGACUCGGACUUCCCUUCCACCUUGACGCUGCAUAUCUCGACCCUGUGCACGGCCAGAGGUUACCCUACAGACGAUUCUCCUAUUUCAACUUCCACGGACCCCUCGGCGUGUGUGAUUUCUCCUUCGAGCCCGCGUUCAUCCGGAAAAGGAACGAAAGGGAGCGGCAUCGUGUGCGCUGCGUAAACGAGGGUUACGCGCGGCUCAGAGAGCAUCUACCGCAGGAGCUGGAGGACAAACGGCUCAGCAAGGUGGAGACACUGCGUGCGGCUAUCGACUAUAUCAAACACCUGCAGAGCCUGCUGGACUUAAACGUGUCCGGGAUGGAGGUGUCACUUGGAGACGCGCGUAACCGUGCGCCGCUGCCGCAGAGGACAGUGCAGCAGUGAUGGAGAAUCCAAAACUGGCCUCAGCGACAGUGGGGGAAAUGUUUACUAGCGCUCACCCUCACUGUACAUUUGUUUAAGUGUAAAAAGCAAAACAUGCCUAAUUGACACAGUGUCUGAUUUUAUUCAGUCUGUAGAUUGAGCAUACACUUUAUUGUAGAGAGCAAGCACAAACACGUAGUAAAGUUAUUUGAAAAGAAAGUUUAAAGCCAGAUUAAUUUGUUGCAUAUAAUAUUUUUGGAUGAUAUAUUGAUUGUGUGCCUUAUGGUAUUAUCAACGAGGUAGUUAUUAUUACUGGGUGUAAAAACAGAAUUAUUAAAAAUGGAGAAAACAUUUUUUAAAUCAGUGAAAGUCAUGAUAUAUUAUUAACUUCUGUGUAAGUGAUACUUAUAUUCAUGAGUAACAAAGAAGUCUUGGUCAUGAUGUAGAUGUUAAUAUGUCUAAAAAUGUAAGAGUUAUGACUACUGUGUGGGACAGUUGACAAGUUGAGCACUUCUCGGGUGCAUUCACCACCUGGGAGAUUUCCUAAAUGUUUUUUUU